AUGCUCAUUGCAAGGAUCUCAAGAUGUAUGUUCUUCAACGUUUUGCAGGAUGAAUUCAGUCAAUGGUACUUGGAGCUACCCAUGACAACUAGAGUGGUGGUUUAUGUUACAUUUCUGGGGACUGUAAUGCUCUUUAUAUUUUUGAUAUUGAAAUUCCUGAGCGAAUGGGACAUGGAGGAUGAGACGGAGAGGCUACCAAUGGCAGUGGGAGGACAAGAAGAAGUCGCCGUUUGGAGGACGCCGUUGGUCAACGAGCCGUCGGAAGUUACAUGGAACAAAGAUUUAGAGUCGGCGUCGUUUAGCUCGUUGGAUGAUGUGGACUACUCGACAUUGUGUGUCAUAUGUUUUGAGGAACGGAGAAACUGUUUCUUCGUACCGUGCGGACACUCUGCCACUUGUCGUGGCUGUGCUCAGAGGAUCUUGUCGGAAGAAAAUAAGCAUUCACAUUUCACCAAGGGUAGUGAUAGGAGUUAUGCUAAACCCAAAACCCACAAAGAUAAAUUCACCACAAAAGCUAACAUCCGUAGAGGGAGACGAAGGGAUUUGGGAGAUGCGAGAGUGCGCAUCGGUUUCUUCGGAACGGCUAACUCGCUUGACCUAGGGUUUCCUCUUCCUUGUGCUCCGUGGACCUUGUCAAAUGGUAGAAGGAGCCUUUUUGCCUUCUAA